UAGUGUGAUAUUUAGCAAUGUUUAUUGUUUAGUCUGUGGGUUUGGUUAUGGACUGGAUUGGUUUUGUGCGACUGCGAUAAUUUUUAAGUAAUUUCUCUGAAGUCUGAUUUGUCGAUUGAUCGAUAUUGAAAAUAAAUACCUACCUAGCAGACAAUGAAAAUUUGCUCCUAGACUUUUUAAAUAACAACAUUAAACGGCAAAUAUGAAGCCCUUAAUUGAUUUCGAUGAGUGCCUGAGAGACUCCCCAAAAUUCAGGGAGCAACUGGAAACGGAAGAGGCUAGCAUUGAAGCUUUGGAGCAGAAGCUUGACAAAGUUUUGAAGACAUGUUCUGUUAUGAUAGAGUCAGGAAAAACUUACAUGAGUCAUAGAAGCACCUUUACAAAUGCACUUUGGGACAUGAGCAGCAACUUCACGGAGGAUUCCACAGUGCUGUCUGCAUUAAACCGCAUGAUUCAUUCACUGCAGGAAAUGACCAAGUUCCAUUCCAUAUUGCUGGACCAAGCAUCCCGGACUAUACUCAAGAAUCUCACUGCUUUCAUCAAAGUAGAUAUCAAAGGUGUGAAAGAGAGCAAACAUCACUUCGAUAAAAUCUCAAAUGAUCUGGACAUAGCUUUAAAUAGGAAUUCUCAGGUGUCCCGCCACAAGACAGUGGACGCGGAGGAGGCGGUGAACCUGCUGCUGGCAACACGCUCGUGCUUCCGCCACACGGCGCUCGACCAUGUGCACAAGAUCACCAUGCUGCAGGCGCGCAAGCGACAUGAAGUGUUGGCCACCUUCCUGUCGUAUUUGCAAGCGUGCUGCACCUAUCAUCAUCAGGGUGCGGAUUUGUCCGAGGACUUGGAACCCUUUCUCAAGUCGACAGCUGAUGAGAUUGCAACAAUGCGUAACGAUACAAAGCUACUCGACAAGGAGAUGGAGAAUCGACACACGAUAGUCAAUAGUAGGGACACUGUACUGCCGAGCUGUAAAUCCGUUGCGUCCGAAGGCGACAACAAAGAGGGCCUCCUGAGCACACCCUGCCUGAAAAACAUGCCUCGGAUGCAGGGGUACUUGUUCAAACGGACCUCAAACGCUUUCAAAACUUGGAACAGACGAUGGUUCUAUCUCUAUGACAACCGGCUUGUGUAUAGGAAAAGAACUGGUGAGCUAAAUGUGACAGUUAUGGAAGAGGAUUUGAGGUUAUGUACAGUCAAACCGGUGCUCGAUGGCGAAAGACGAUUCUGCUUUGAAGUCCUCUCACCUUCCAAAAGCCACAUGCUGCAAGCGGACUCGGAGGAGAUGCUGAGCGCGUGGGUGGCGGCGCUGCAGCGCGGCAUCCGCUGCGCCAUCCAGCAGGGCCAGAGCCGCGACAACCCCGACUCGCAGAUGGUGCUCGUGCCGGACCACGCCGCCUCCUCCGCCGACCGGCUCAGCGUCACCCCGGCUAUGAAGAAGAUAAGAAUAUGGGAACAGUUACUGAGCAUACCUGGAAAUAAUUACUGCUGCGACUGCGGCAGCCCCAAUCCACGCUGGGCCAGUAUAAACCUCGGAAUCACAUUGUGCAUAGAAUGUUCGGGAAUACAUCGCUCUCUAGGCGUUCACGUUAGUAAAGUAAGAUCACUUACUUUAGACGAUUGGGAACCAGACAUUAUUAAGGUAAUGGCAGAAUUAGGAAAUAAAAUAGUGAAUUUAAUUUACGAGGCGAAUACAGACGGGACCACAAUCAAAAGGGCCACUCCAGACUGUGACACUGGGGUGCGCGAGGCGUGGGUGCGCGCCAAGUACGUGCAGCUGGCGUUCGUGCGCAACAUCGUGCGCUGCGCCGCGGCCGACUCGCUGCAAGACUCGCCGCUCAGGAACGGCAGGCGCUGGUCCGUGCGGCGCGCGAGGCGGAGAGUCCGAGCUCCACCUUCUGUGCCGGAAACUAUUAAAGAUGAAAAAAGCGAUGCAAAUAGCAACACCAGUGUAUCAGAAAGUUCUAGCAAGUCGGAAGGCAGCCCGGUGUUACUGAUAGGCACAGACCUGGCCAGCGAGCGCGCUGUCGACCUCAGCCUGCCUUCAGACCAUGACUCCACUGAAGGGGAAGAGGACGAUCUGGGUGCGUGUGACAUGUCGACGCUGUCAGCGGGCGCGGUGCUGCACCGGGCCGCGCGUGCGCACAACGUGUGCGUGAUGCGCGCCGCACUGGCCGCCGGCGCGGACCCCAACGAGCCCGCUGCCAACAAGCGCACAGCUCUGCACGCGGCCGUGCUCAGCGGAUCUGUGAUGGCGUGUUCGUUCCUCCUGUUGAACGGCAGCAAACUGAAUGCUCAAGACGACGACGGCAUGACUCCGCUGCACCUCGCCACUGAGGCUGGCCACACAGGCCAGGUGUGCCUGCUGCUUCGAUAUCGAGCGGACCAAACCCUCGUGGAUAGCGAAGGUCGGACGCCGCUUGACAUUGCCGUCGGGCACGCUAAUGCCGAUAUUGUUACUUUGUUGAGAUUAACGAAGCUGAACGAAGAGAUGCGCGAGAGCGAAAUGUCUUCCAACGAUGACACGUACAACGAAGUGUUCCGCGACUACACGCAGCUGGCGCACUCGCACCCCGAGCGACUCGUGCGCGCUAGGCAUAACAACAACGAAGGCGAACAAACUAGUGAAUGACGAAUGGAGAAAAAGUUUCGGCGACUACAGUUGUGGUGGCGAGACGAAUGAUAGAUUUUGGUGAUGCCAACACCUUACCGUGGUGAUGAAUUGACGAUACGCCUCGAGUGCUUGCUUGUUGUUCAAUUUUCUCAUCAUUUUAAACAUAAAUAAAAUUUACCAUCAGGAGUUUUUAAUUUUUAUUAUAUAAAAUAAAAAUAACGCGUUAUCAAAUAGAUGGCCGAAUUCAAAAUAGAUUUUAAUUAUUUAGAUUUUUUUUUUCUUCUGGGACAACAGAUUUUAUCAUAACGAUUCGUAUUUUGUUAGUCUCUAUUUUUACUAAAGAAUUUCGUAUCCCAUUUAUUAUUCUAGGCCUAGGAAACUUAAAUAAUAUUUUUAAAUGUUUAAUCUACGUUUAGGUUAUAAAAUAUAAAGUCCUAUUCGAAAAAUUCACUGUGAAAUUGAUCUCUUUAUAUACAUUUUUUUGAGGCUUCAAAAUUAUCAAAAUCAAAAAGCUGCCAAAUUCCUUAAUAGUAAAGACUUAUUUACCAUAUCUUCAGACACGAAAUAUAUAUAAAUAUAAAUAGUGAUAUUGUUAAUAAUUAAGCCAUAUUGUAAGCAGUGAUGUGAUGUGCUUUUAUAUUGUAUUAAAACCAAAGAUUAUAGAAAUAUACAGGCUUAGCUAAGUAACCAGUGGCGUCGAUUCUGAUGGUUUUCUCUAAACUGAAUUUAGAGUAUCUGCAUCUUUUUCUUUUUAAUAUUGCCUAAAAAAGGACGGAAAAUAAAUCAAAUUUAAAGACUAUUUUAGUGCACUCUAAACAAUAGGCUCACGACUGGCACUUAAAGGCACGAGGUUUGACUGUUUUAAAUUAAAUAAGGAUUGUCUGCCUUUUUCUUAUAACAUUGGCAAGAAAAAGAUGCAAAUACUCUAAAAUUAAUUUGCCGUCAGAAUGAGUACCAGUCAGAAUUAUCAAGGUGCCUUUGCACCGCGAAGUAACUAUUCCAUAAGAGCGCUAUAAAAUAAAGCAAUGCUAUCGUUAAGUUUCACAUAUAUAUUCUAUUUUAUCAUAUACUCGCUCAUCAUUAGUGGCAGGACAGCCUAAGGCCGAGUGUCCACUGGCAAGUAACUCCGGCAAUUUCUUGCAGUAGUCAACUUUUUGAACUGUGUUAACACACGCAGCAGGUCAACUUCUGCAAGUUUUGUAUAUUUAAAACUUGUCGAAAUUGAUGUUGACAUGACAAUGACAGCGACA